UGUCCAGAACAUCUUCUCUCAUUGAUUAUCUUCUUGGCCUUCUCUGUGGGUUUCACUGAAGCUGCAAAACUUCCACUGUAAAAUUCUCAUGGGUAAGUUCUGACCGAUUUCAGGUCUGAUUCUGUGAGGCCUCCAGACCAGCUGUCAGCCUCAUCAGCAGUCUCCUCUUCAAAACCCUAUGCCAGCUAUUCAUAAACCAUUGGGAAAGAAAAGCCCCCAAACAAAACUAAACUAAUAAUACAAAGGAUAGAAUUAAUUAAUCCAAACAACAUUUUGGAAAGCCACUACUAUUUGUGAACAUAAGAUGCUCAACCUCUCAGUAUUAUUUUCUUCUAGCACAUUACUCAAAAUGAUUCAUAUUCAGCAACUGCUCCAGCAGCAAAUAAACCCACGAGUACAUCAGAGAUGAAUCAAAAUACGACAGAACCACCACAGAAAAUUUAGCUUUGUUUUCUAGGGACUGCACAGAAAAAUGUCUCCAAGUUUUCUUACUUAAAAGCCCAGGUAAAGCCAGGCUCACACUCAUGCUAUCCAAGAAGUUACCGCCAGGGUGAGCACAUCAAGCUCCGACACACAGACACAGACAGACAGACAGACACACAAACACACACACAAACACACACACACACACACACACUCUCUCCCUCUCCUGGAUGCGCACACAUCCCUUUCACUCGCACUUAGAACCAUCUUCCUGCUGAGCUGAGGACAAGGAGCGACCGGAAUCCCGCGGGCACUCCAGCUUCACUGCAAGGCAUCCGCCAGCCUUGAAGGCCAGAAGAAUGUUUCUGGGAGAAAUGGCAAGCUUGGAAGCCAUCCUGAAAACACAGACAGUAAGAGUGCCCAAACCCAUCAAAGUUGUAGAACUGCCUGGGGACAAUACUGUGCUGGUGAUGGAACAUUUGGAAAUGAAGACCUUGAACAGACAUUCAGCGCUGCUUGGAACUCAGCUGGCUGAUCUUCACCUUCAUAACCAGCAACUUAGAGAGAAGAUGAAGAAAGAAGGGAGCACAGUUGGUAAAGGACAAGGGCAAAUGGAAGUCCAGUUUGUGGAUCGUUUUGGCUUUCAUACAGCUACCUGCUGUGGUUAUCUUCCGCAGGUGAACAACUGGCGCAGUGACUGGGUGACCUUCUUUGCCAGACAAAGGAUCCAGCCCCAGAUGGACCUGAUCGAAAGGAGCUCAGGAGACAGGGAAGCAAGAGAACUUUGGGCACAGCUUCAGCUGAAGAUACCCAGUUUUUUCUGUGGUGUAGAAAUCGUUCCUUCUCUCCUGCAUGGGGAUCUCUGGGGAGGAAAUGUAGCUGAGGAUGAUUCUGGUCCAAUUAUCUUCGAUCCAGCUUCUUUCUAUGGCCAUUCAGAGUAUGAUCUUGCAAUAGCUGGGAUGUUUGGUGGCUUCAGUGGUCCUUUUUAUUCUGCUUAUCACAAUAAAAUCCCCAGAGCCACAGGGUUUGAGAAACGCCUAAAGCUUUAUCAGCUGUUCCACUACAUGAACCACUGGAACCAUUUUGGUUCAGGGUACAGAGGGUCUUCUAUAAACAUUAUGAGAAACCUUGUAAAGUAAGUUGCUGCUUAAGCAAAAUACUUCCUAUGCUUUUUGGAAAACCUCAGACUUGCUGGUGCAGCUGCAGGCGUAGUGAUGUUAGUUAAAAAGCCCCUGUGAAACUCUUGACCUUGCUCAGCUAAAGACCUUAGAA